AUGCUUAUUUUAGAUUUGCCAUCUCUGGUUGUUCAAGAAAUUCCUUUAAAGUUUCAGGACAUCUGGAAGCACUUAAGCCACCAUUUUAUUUAUUUAGAUCUUCAUCAAAAAUAAAACAUAAUAGCACUGUAUCACAUGCCAUCCCAUAAAUUGACAUGAAAAGCACAGCUAAUGCAUA